AUGUCGCAACCUCCGCCUGGUUGGUUUCCUUGGCCAGGUCCUUGGGGUGUGUUUUAUCCCCCUUGUCCUUACCCUUCGCAGGUUGCCCCGUGGCGUGGCUCUUUCCCACAACAUCAGCCUUCGCUGCCCCAGCAUCGUCCCUCACAGCAAGGUCUGCUGGGCCCUGCUCCUAGACAUCAACAGGCUGCUUUGAUUGCCUCUGCUCCUUCACAAGACUCGGUGUCUUCUACCGCAACUUAUGGUUUACAGUCUAGUUCUCUCCCUUAUUGGUUUAGUGCUAUGAGUCUUCAAGCUCCGGACCAAAAUUGGUAUAUGGAUACGGGUGCAACUUCGCAUCUCAUUAAUGAUACAGGUAUCAAUUCUUCUAUGUCCAGUUUCAAUCCUUUAAAUUCACAUAUAUUUGUUGGUGAUGGUUCGAAAAUUCCAGUAACAAGCACUACCACAUCCACUCUUCCUAACCCUUUUCCUCCUUUCUUACUCCGAAACACGUUGUAUACUCCUAAAAUAAUUAAAAAUUUAAUUUCAAUUCGUCAAUUCACUUCCGACAAUAAUGUAUAUGUGGAAUUUGACCCUUUUGGUUUUCCUGUGAAGGACCUCCGGACGGGGAAAAUUAUGACGCAGUGCAAUAGUGUUCGUUCUCUUUAUCCUCUUUCUGCUGCAAACACAUCAUCUUCCUCUCCUUCCGUUUUUGCUGCAUUAUCUUCCGACGUCUGGCAUAACCGCUUGGGUCAUCCUGGCAACCAAGUUAUUGAUUUCUUAGGAGUCAUAAUUUAA